AGUAGAAAAGCGGUGAUUAGCUCCAAUCAAGUUCGUUAGCGCGCGCUCGAUUCGUCAGUUGGCUUCCUGCGUUCGCACGAGCAACGAGCUCCAUCACUUUGAUCCGUUCGAUAAGGUUGAAAAACAACUUCUUCCCCGCUAAACAUCAACAACAGCAUGUCUGGCAAGAAACAAAACCUUCAUUUCGUCGAGAACUUCGCCCUUAGCGGUGCGGCAGCCAUCAUCUCCAAGACCGCCGCUGCCCCUAUCGAACGGGUCAAAUUGCUUGUGCAAAACCAGGACGAGAUGCUGAAAGCCGGUCGCCUCUCCUCACCAUACAAGGGAGUUGUGGAUUGUACCAUGAGGACCUAUAGGGCAGAGGGAAUCGGCUCCUUCUGGAGAGGCAAUCUCGCCAACUGCAUCCGGUACUUCCCAACCCAGGCUUUGAACUUUGCCUUCAAAGAUCAGAUCAAGGCUCUGUUCAAGUCCAAGCAGACUGACAGCAACGCUAUGAAAUUCACCAAGAACAUCGCCUCUGGUGGUGCUGCUGGCGCAAUGUCACUGUCAUUUGUCUACUCACUUGACUAUGCCCGAACCCGCCUGGCCAACGAUGCCAAAUCAUCUGGCAAGGGUGGCGGGGAGCGCCAGUUUAAUGGGCUAGUUGAUGUGUACCGCAAGACCCUGGCAAGUGAUGGCAUCGUCGGUCUGUACAGAGGCUUUGUGAUCUCCUGCGUUGGGAUUGUGGUGUACCGUGGAUUCUACUUCGGCCUCUACGACACCCUGAAACCAAUUCUUCUGGGUGAUCAAGCCAAUGUGUUCGCAUCCUUCGCUCUCGGCUAUGCUGUGACCGUGAGUUCUGGUCUGGCAUCCUACCCGAUCGACACCAUCCGCCGAAGGAUGAUGAUGACCUCUGGUGAGGCAGUGAAGUACAAGGGCUCCAUUGACUGUGCAGUGCAGAUCAUGAAGAAAGAAGGCGCCAUGAGCAUGAUGAAGGGUGCUGGUGCUAACGUCCUUCGUGGCAUGGCUGGAGCUGGCGUGCUUGCUGGCUUCGACAAGUUCAAGGAGUUCUACAUCAACUUCAGGGGAGAAUAGAUCCCCAACCCCAUGUCAUCUGGGGACUGUAACACUUGACUUUCUGGCAAUGAACAUUAUUUCCACCUCAAUUUGACACAAUCCACGGGAGAGACCUGUGACAGCUUGGUGACUUAACCCUGAUGAAAUCCAAGCAAAUUUCUGAACUCUGACCUUAGAUCUCAAUUGAUCAACAUUGACACUAAUGCGCCACAAGAUGGCGGGCUUGGUGACUUAACUUUUGUGAAAUCCAAGCAAGGUUCUGAACUCUGUUCUUUGAUCUCGAGACUUCUUACUUUUGGUCUCAGCAGAUCAACAUUGCUACUAAUGCGCCACAAGAUGGCGGGCUUGGUGACUUAUUCUUGUGAAAUCCAAGCAAGGUUCUGAACUCUGACCUAUAUUUGACCCAAUUUAAUUUAUUCUCUUCCACCAUCUUUGAUGGUGAUGACCCUGCAAUACAUCACAAUAUGUGAUGACCUAGUACUCAUAGCGCCCUUUAAGGCGACAGUCUGGCAUCUUGUAAAUUGUUUAAGUCCAGACGAUUUCUGAAAACAUUUCUCAUCUUUUUUGUGCAAUGAUUGGAAAUAUUCCAAAUAUUUGUACCAAUAAACAGAAACCUAUAUCCUUA